GUCCUGUUGAGUCCCUAACUCAAGAGUAUAAAAGUGUCAGGCGUGGUUAGAUUCCUUUGAAAUGCGGAGGUUUUCUUUCACUAGACGUGGAUAACCAAUUGAGUCUCAGUCAACUCACAAGUAGUUGGAAUGGACUGUUCCAGUGAGGAGGAAGAAUUUGCAGAUGCUAGUGAAUACAUUGAAGAUGAACAACAAACAUUUACUUCAGGAGCACAUGCUGUUAAGUCAUAUCAGAAGGAAGAUGUUUCCAUGUUACAAGAUAUCCCUGCACCAAAUGCAAUCUCAGUGCAGCUUAUUGGGACCAGUUCUGUUACUCUUGCUUGGGAUAAUCCAGACAACAUAACUACAUUUGAGUUGACCUACUACAGUCUCACUUCUACAAAGACCACUACUAUCACACAUUCCUCAACCAUAGAGGUGGAAGAUCUGUGUCCAGGGACUGAGUACACUUUCAGCCUUGUUUCAGUAUCAGACAAUGGAGAACGCAGUGUGGAGGUUAAAGCGACUGCGUGCACCAGGCCACUCCCACCUGAAAACAUCAAGGUUGAGAUUGUGGGCACUACAUCAGUUUCUCUUAUUUGGGAUGCAUCUGGCAGUGAGGAGAACAAUUUUCAUGUUGCUUGCAUCCAGAAUGGAAGAAUGAUUCAGGAGAAGAUGACAAAUUCAAGAACUAUGGCUUUCUGUGACCUAAGUCCUGGAAAGAAGUACUGUUUUUACAUUACUAAAGUGCUUCCAAAUGGCAACAGAAGUAAAGAAGCAGUCACAUAUGCUCAAACCAAAACAAACAUCCAAAGCCUUUUACAAGAAUUGGGUUUGGAGAAGUACUACCCAAAUAAACUCUCCCUCAGUGAUGUUCUACAGAUUGAGAAGAGGUCAGUGACAGAUGAGCCAGCCCAGUCUCUAUCAUCCUUACCAUGGCUGUUUCUGAAGAAACUGAUGAUGGUGAAUGUGACUGCAAGAAGUGUCAAAUAUUCAUCUGAUGAGAGUGAAGAUUUGUCAAGCUUAGAUUUUAACAACGAAUCAUUGGAUUUUCUGAAUGAUCAGUACACCAGUGUAAAUCCUUUAGACAUAGUGUCCACCCUUUUCCUUUGUUCAGAUGGUUUCCUCCAACAGGAAAUGGUCUCAAAAAUGUCAAUGUGUCAGUUCUCUGUGCCUUUGCUUCUUCCAAACAGUGACACUCACCAGUGCAUGUUAAUGCUUUGGGCCAUGAGAGAUAUUGUGAAGAAAUGUAGACCUCAUUAUUUGUCAGACCCAAGAGGCUUUGUGGAGGAGAGAAUUGUUCACUUUGAGCUGCCCCUAGUUUCUUUUGUUAGACUUGGUGACUGCAGCAUUUCUAAAUCUCAGAUCUUAAACAAAUUGCUUAGCAACCCCCAACAGUAUCAUGACACCUUUGUACAUCGAGAUAUGGAUUGUGGAGACAUUCCAAGAAAGAUAUCAAAUGGGUUAGUGGAGAUGAGUUGGUAUCUACCUUGUGGAAACAAAAACAUUGAUGUUUUUCCUGAACCAGUGGCUGUUGCAAACUUGAGAGGCGACAUCAGUACCUUUGAAACACAGUACACCUUCCUAUGCCAGACCUCCACUGCCGUUUUUGUGUUCUUUGACAAUCUGGACACAAACUACAAGUUACUCACCAACCAACAUGCUAAAGCACAGUUUUUUUUAGUGGGCAAUAGACAGAGCAAAGCAUUUGAUUUGGAGCAGUUGAAAAGGACAGCUUCUGAAAUGAGUCUGAAGAAAAACAACAUAAUUUUUAAGACCAAUCAAAAUGAUGCAAAUUUUGUUAAAAAUCUGCAUUCUUCAGUAAAUCUCAUAAUUAAUAAUCAUUCCAACAAAGCACGUCUGGAGGGAAUGGACACCUUAGCACAUGAACUCGGAAUCUUAGUUGAUGAAGACAUCCAGGAAUGUCAGAAUGCUAAAAAUAAUGCACAUGGCUUGACGAAAAAUAUACAGGACACACUGCAGUUCAAAGAGACACAGCUUCCCCUUCAGGGUAAAAUCUGGAAAGAUUUGGCAAAACUGGAGAAAGAGGAAUGCAGACUCCGGAAAGCUGGUGAUCAAAACAUAGAAGCAUACAAGAGUGAUCUCCAGAUCAAAAAGACUGAACUCAGGAAACAGCAGAGUAAAUAUGAUAUCUCAGAGGCCAUGUCCUGCUUUGUUAGUGCACUAUCAAGUUCAAAUCAGGAGAGAGCCUACUUCUUGAAGUGGAUGCGGAUGAACCUUGACAAUAUCUCCCGAAAAAACCUCUCUAGUCUCAGAGAACUGUACAAAGAAAAGUGUCAACAAUUUUCAGAAAACAAAGAGGAAAUUGCACGGCUUGACCAACAGAUCUCUAACAGUUCUUUAGGAGUAGAGCACUUCCUGCGUGAAAUGGGACAACUCUAUGAAGCUGCAGUGUCGCUUCCAGAAAAUGUACAAUCACAUCAACAAAUGCGCCACUUACCCCGGCUAUGUGCUCAGCUGAUGUUGGAUGGGUUCCCUCUGGAACUGGUCGAUGGAGAUGCAUCAAAUAUUCCUCUCAGAUGGGUGAGUGAUGUGCUUCAUUAUCUGAACAUUUUGGUGCUGCCCAAUAAUAAAAUCAUAGUGGUCACAGUUUUGGGAGUCCAGAGCACAGGGAAGUCCACCUUGCUGAACACCAUGUUUGGAGUUCAGUUCGCAGUGAGCAGUGGACGAUGCACUAGAGGAGCUUUUAUGCAGCUGAUCAAAGUCACAGAGGACAUCAAGAAAAAUCUUGGUUGUGAUUAUUUAGUGAUAAUUGACACCGAAGGUUUGAAAUCUCCUGAGCUGGCAAAACUAGAUGAUAGUCAUGAACAUGACAAUGAAUUAGCCACACUUGUUGUUGGUUUGAGUGAUAUUACAAUUAUCAACAUUGCAAUGGAGAAUUCCACAGAGAUGAAAGAUAUUUUGCAGAUUGUGGUCCAUGCUUUUCUCAGAAUGAAGGAAAUAGGUAAAAAACCUAAGUGUCAGUUUGUCCACCAAAAUGUUGCUGAUGUAUCAGCCCAUGACAAGAACAUGCAAGAUCGAAAGCUUCUGCUGGAGCAGCUGAAUGAGAUGACAGAGGCAGCAGCUAAAAUGGAGAACAAGGAAGAGUAUAAAAUGUUUACUGAUGUGAUGGAGUAUGAUCCAGAGACUUGCAAUUGGUAUAUUCCUGGACUCUGGCAUGGAAAUCCUCCAAUGGCACCAGUGAAUGCUGGCUAUUCCGAGUCUGUCUAUGACCUUAAAAAGAACAUGAUUGAUGUAAUUGGAGAAUGCUAACUCAAAACAUCUGGAAACAACAUAACAGAAUUUUUGGAGUGGACAAAAAGCUUGUGGAAUGCAGUCAAAUAUGAAAAUUUCAUAUUUAGUUUCAGGAAUAGCUUGGUUGCUGAUGCAUACAUGAGACUGUGUGCAGAAUUUCAUAAAUGGGAAUGGUCUUUCAAGAAGCAUAUGCACUCUUGGUUAACAGAGGCUGAAACUACUGUGUCAAAUUUUGAGAUGAUGAAACUUGAAUCAGACAAGUCAGACAUGCAAAAUCUUCUGUGCAGACUGAAACAAGAAGCUGUCACAAAGCUUGACUCAUUGGAAAAGAAAACAAUGGAAAACCUUUCCAAAUACUUUGAACAAACAGAGGGUCAUGUCUAUCUAGUGGAAAAGUUUAAAGAAGAUUUUGUGAGCAGUGUAAAAUCUCUCAGGAGGGAAACGGAGAGCUCUCUCCUGACUCACCUUGAGGCAACAGUGGAAAUCAGAAAAGGAAUGGAUAAACUUGAUUAUAUCAAGAAAACAUUCACUGAUACAAUGGAGAAAAAAGUGUUGGGUUUACUGGAGGAGUUACG